GCCGAGCGCUCCACGUCUGCGCGCUGCGUGGGCAGGGCCGGGCUGACACCACUUCCUCCCGAGGCUGCCGACCUGAGCCGGAGCGCAGCCCAGCGCGCCGCGUCGCCCUCCCGGCCAAGCCCCGCGCGCGCCAGGACCCGCGCAGCCGUCGAGAUGGGUGAGUCAAACGAAGAUAUAGACCAAAUGUUCAGCAAUUUGCUGGGAGAGAUGGAUCUCCUGACCCAGAGUUUAGGAGUCGACACUCUCCCUCCUCCAGAAGCUAAACCGCCCAGAGCUGAAUUUAACUACAGUGUGGGGUUUAAGGACUUAAACGAGUCCUUAAAUGCCCUGGAAGACCAAGAUUUAGAUGCUCUCAUGGCGGAUCUGGUAGCAGACAUAAGAGAAGCUGAGCAGAAGACAAUCGAGGCCCAGAAGGAGUCCUCUCAGAGCCGACCUCAUUCAGCAUCUCUGGAUGUGCCAAGUUUCAGUGGUGCAGCCUCUCUUGGUUACGCAGCAAAUGUUGCGGCACCGAGUAUUAGCCAAUAUGAGGAUGACUUACCUCCUCCACCAGCUGAUCCCAUGUUAGACCUUCCUUUGCCACCACCCGCUCCUGAACCUCUCUCUCAGGAAGAAGAAGAAGCCCAAGCCAAGGCUGACAAAAUUAAGCUAGCAUUAGAAAAACUGAAGGAGGCCAAGGUCAAGAAGCUCAUUGUCAAGGUGCACAUGAAUGAUAACAGCAUGAAGUCACUGAUGGUGGAUGAGAGGCAAUUAGCCCGAGAUGUUCUAGACAACCUUUUCGAGAAAACCCAUUGUGACUGCAGUGUGGACUGGUGUCUUUAUGAAAUAUACCCAGAACUACAAAUCGAAAGGUUUUUUGAAGACCAUGAAAAUGUUGUUGAAGUCUUAUCAGACUGGACAAGAGACACAGAAAAUAAAGUGCUGUUUUUGGAGAAGGAGGAAAAAUACGCUGUAUUUAAAAACCCCCAGAAUUUUUACUUGGAUAACAAAGGAAAAAAAGAAAGCAAGGAAACACAUGAGAAAAUGAAUGCAAAGAACAAGGAGUCCUUGCUUGAGGAGAGCUUCUGUGGAACAUCCAUCAUUGUGCCAGAACUAGAGGGAGCUCUUUAUUUGAAAGAAGAUGGGAAGAAAUCCUGGAAAAGGCGCUAUUUUCUUUUACGAGCUUCUGGAAUUUACUAUGUCCCCAAAGGAAAGACUAAGACAUCUCGAGAUCUGGCAUGUUUUAUACAGUUUGAAAAUGUCAACAUUUACUAUGGGAUUCAGUGUAAAAUGAAAUACAAAGCACCCACUGACUACUGUUUUGUUUUAAAGCAUCCCCAAAUUCAGAAGGAGUCCCAGUAUAUCAAGUAUCUCUGCUGUGAUGACGCAAGAAUGCUAAAUCAGUGGGUUACGGGAAUCAGGAUCGCCAAGUAUGGAAAGACGCUCUAUAAUAACUAUCAGCGGGCCAUGGCCAGGGCAGGGCUUGCCUCUCGGUGGACAAACCUGGGUACUGUCAACGCAACCCCACCAGCCCCUCCUUCUACAGGAGUUCAGACAGGCACCACCCAGGCCAAUGGUCAGAUCCCCCAGGCAGCACAUUCUAUGAGUACUGUUCUCGGAGAAGCCCAGAGACAUGUUGAAACAACCAAGGACAAGAAGUCCGGCCUCGGCAGCCACGACCCCGGAGCGCCCAGGGCUCAGCCCCUUCCCAAGUCCAGCCUGCCUCCACCCCUUCCCGUGCGACGGUCCUCGGACGUCGGUUGCGGCAGCCCAGGGACGCCCCCCAAGGUCAAGGGCGCGGCCGCCGGCUUCCCCGAGCCGCCCCACGACCUCCUGCCGCCGCCCCCGCCGCCGCCGCCCCCCGACUUUAGCGACACGCCCCCGGACUUCGUGCCUCCUCCACCGCCGCCGUCCUUUGCGAGCGACGCGGGGUCCUCGCUGCCGCCGCCCCCGCCGCCCCCGCCCGCCCUCGCCCCCGAAGCCGCGAAGCCGACCCCCGUGGUGGUCAAAAGGCCGCCAGCUCCCCCCACAAGGAAGGCGAACCCGGGACCACCCGGCGGGGGAGGCGGGGAGCAGGAUUUCAUGUCGGAUCUCAUGAAAGCUUUGCAAAAGAAGAGAAGCAACAUGCCGUAAGGGAAACCUAGAAGUAUCUUUGGGUGAUGGGUGUAAUCAUUGCUAACCUCAGGUGCAUUUUUGCUACUUUGUUUCCGUGACAUCGUGUUCAUUUUAGAUACAAUAUUGAAGUAUUCAGACUAGAAAUGCAAAUAGGAAACGUCUCCCUGUUUCUCAAAUACAUUCAUAAUCCUUAACCUAACACAGAAUUUAGAAUAUCUGCCUGAAUGUACAUAUCUUUCCUGUGUAUUUCCAUUUCAAUGAAUUUUAUCUUCCCUUCCAA